AUGAAACAGGAAAAAGGCCAAUCAUCUAAUCAAUCUUUCUUAAAAGAUCUCAAGCCUAAUUCAAGAAACUACAAAGUUAAAGUGCAAGUUAUUGAGAAAUCUCAGGGAACCAAAAUGAAAGGAACUCUAUUUGAGAAUCAGAUCCAAGAGUAUGGAGACAUUUUUCAGAAAGACAAUGUUUAUCAGAUUUCUAAUGCCCCAUUGGAGCCUGUACAUCCAAAAUAUAAAGACCGAGAUGGUGAUUGCUCAAUUAGAUUUGGUGGACAAACAAUGGUCCAACCUAUUGCUACUGAAGUUACUCCAAACAAAGUGCAAUAUGUCCCUCUUGCCUCAGUUUCAUAUGAAAGUGGCCCAGAUGAUCGUUAUGGUUUGGUGCUCUUCAUCAGUGAUAUAAGAACAAGAAUAACUGAAACAGGUAUUGAACAUUCAAUUCGGGACAUCAGUGUGAUAGACCACAGUACCACAGUGCAAAUGACUAUCUCUAUAUGGAAUGAUCUCACAGACAUUAAAGAUCCUAAACUACUUUCAUGGAACACUGAACCAGUUAUAGCUGCCUUCCUAGGAUUAAGAGUGACAACAACAAGAGGAUUCAUUCUCUCAAGCAGUCUCUCCACGACUAUUGACACUAACCCUACUGGAGAAGAAUUUGUAGCUUUUCAUGACUGGGUGAUGGCAAAUUUUGAAGAGCUUGAAAACAAGAUGACACAAUUGGUAGAUACCAAAAAUCCAGCUGCAGAGAAAAGCAUUCUAACAAUUCAGCAAAUUCUGGAUAAAAAGCAAGAAAUCCAUUGGGUUAAGGUCAAAAUUCCUGAGCCAGACCAAGCUAGGCUGAUUUCAUAUGAAGGAUGUAACAAGUGUGGAAAAAGGGUUGAUCUACCAUUGAAUAAAUCAAUGACUUGUCCAAAGUGCUUUAAACUAGAUUGCACAAGUGUUCCUAGGACUACAUUCAAGUUUGAUGCAGUAGAUGAGACUGGAGAACUAAGUCUAACAACUUUUGCAGAAGACUGUGAAAAAUUAUUUAAGCUACCAAUAAUACAAAUAUUUGAGCAAACAAACAUUGGAACGCUUGACUUUGGCUCUAUUUCUCGAGACCUUAGCUCAAAUGAGUUUUAUGUUGCAGUUGGCCCAUCAUAUAUGUUGACAAAGAAGCAGGCUUUGUCAUGGGUUUUGAAGGAUGUCAGCUGGACUUAA